AUGUCCGCAAAUGAAAGAUCGACCCGAGCUUUCAGAGAGAUCCUGCAGAAGCCUGGAAAUGACGCCUGCGCAGACUGUGGCGCACCAGACCCUAAUUGGGGCUCCUGUACCCUGGGAGUGUUCAUCUGCCUGGCCUGCUCUGGAAUUCACCGCAACAUUCCUGACAUCAGCAAGGUCAAGUCGCUGACCCUAUCCCGCUGGGAGGACCAUGAGUUGGAGUUCAUGGCUCAGAAUGGCAAUGAGAUCAUGAAGAGCAAAUAUGAGGCCGCUGUUCCGGUCUAUUACUACAAACCAACCCACAAGGACUGCCAGGUGUUGAGGGAGCAGUGGAUACGAGCAAAGUACCAAAGGAGGGAGUUCUCUGAGCCUGGAAACUUCACUUAUGAAGAAGGAAUAAGAGACGGCAUGUUGAUGAAAAGAGGGCGGGACAACGGGCAGUUCCUCAGCAGACGAUUUGUCCUUUCAGAGAGGGAGGGGACUCUGAAGUAUUUUACCAAAUAUGAUGCUAAGGAGCCCAAAGCAGUGGUAAAGGUGGACAGCAUCAAUGCAACCUUCCAGCCAGAGAAGAUAGGAAAUCCCAACGGCCUGCAGAUUACUUACCUCAAAGACUACAGCACCCGAAAUAUGUUUGUCUACCAUGACAAUGGCAAGGAGAUUGUAGACUGGUUUAAUUCAAUUCGUGCUGUUCAGCUUCACUAUCUAAAGGUGGCCUUUCCCGGGGCAACCGAUGCUGAGCUGGUACCCAGACUUACCCGAAACUUUAUCAAGGAAGGAUAUAUGGAAAAGACAGGUCCCAGGCAAACAGAAGGUUUCAAGAAACGCUGGUUUACACUGGACCAAAGGCGGCUCAUGUACUUCAAAGAUCCACUGGAUGCCUUUGCCAAAGGUGAAGUUUUCCUUGGGAACAAGAACUAUAGUUACAGUGCCUCCUCUGGCUUGCCUGCUGGCACCCACUGCAAUGGUGCCUUUGAAUAUGGUAUCACCAUACAAACACCUGACCGCUGCUUCCUGUUUACUUGCGAGACAGAGAGUGACCAGCAGGACUGGCUGAAGCACUUCAAUGAUAUCAUGAGUGCUCAGAUGUCCCCACAGGAAUAUACAAUGGAGGCCACAUUCAGGCAUAAGCACUGAUGGAUCAGAAGCCUGAAGAACCACCUC